GUCACCAUGAAGAAGUCUCAAACUCUACCACAAACUCCUGAGAGCGUUUACGAGGGCACUCAAAGACAAAGCAUCGUAAUUCCUUCCAAACACAUCACCAUAGCAAAUAGCUUCGAAAAGAAAGAACAAUCCUGGUUUAUCACUUCUCAUGUCCCAACAGACCUAACAAUUCAAGUUCAAGAUGUCACCUUUAUCGUUCACAAGUAUCCCUUGAUAUCAAAAUGUGGCUACAUUGGUCGAUUGGAAUUUCAGCCUUCAAUUUCAAAUUUUGGCUAUGACCUCAAGCUUGAAAGCUUCCCAGGUGGAUCGGAAACCUUCGAAAUCAUUUUAAAAUUUUGUUAUGGUCUUCCAAUGGACUUGAACCCUAUCAACAUAGCACCACUAAGAUGCGCCUCAGAAUUUCUAGAAAUGACAGAAGAUCUUCAAGAUGGAAAUCUCAUUUCUAAGACUGAAGCUUUUCUCACAUUUGUAGUCCUUUCUUCGUGGAAAGACACCAUUACUGUACUUAAAUCUUGUGAAACUCUAUCUCCAUGGGCUGAAAAUCUUCAAAUUGUCAGAAGGUGCUGUGACUCAAUUGCUUGGAAGACUUCUAAAGUAAACAUUGUCGGAGAUACAGACUGUCAAGAAGGCUGGUGGUUUAAUGAAGUGGCUACCUUUCGAAUAGAUCAUUUCAUGAGGAUUAUAACAGCAAUAAAGGCAAAGAGUACAAGACCAGAAGUUGUAGGUAAAUGUAUCAUGCACUAUGCAGAGAGAUGGUUGCCAGGCAUGAAUGCAGAGUUUGAAGGACUAAGAGGAUACGGGUUCGGAAAAAAUGACCUCCAGUUCAGUAUAUUGAGUAGGAGUAAAGAGGAAGGGGGUUACGUACACAGCAAGGAGCAAAAAGCAAUUAUUGAAAGCCUAGUGAGCGUACUUCCUCCUCAAAAUGAAGCUAUUUCAUGUAAGUUCUUAUUGAGGAUGUUAAAGAUGGCCAUGCUGUACUCUGCAUCACCAGCUUUGAUUUCAGAGCUUGAAAAGAGAGUGGGGAUGACGUUAGAAGAUGCCAAUGUGAAUGAUCUGUUGAUUCCUAGUUGCAAUAAUGCAGAUCCAGGGAAACUAGUUAAGUGAAAUGCACAAUGCACAAUGCACGACACUGAAGUCGUGCAAAGGAUUGUGGAAUAUUUCUUGAUGCAUGAGCAGCAAGGACAGCAACAGAAGACUGCUAGAAUCAAUGUUAGUAAGCUGUUAGACAACUACCUAGCAGAGAUUGCCGAAGACCCAAACCUCUCCAUAACCAAGUUUCAAAUAUUGGCUGAAUUACUGCCAGAAAAUGCACGGACGUGUGAUGAUGGUCUCUACAGAGCCAUUGAUACCUACCUCAAGACACAUCCUUCACUACCUGAGCAUGACCGGAGAAAGCUAUGUACAAUAAUGAACUGUGAUAAACUAUCGCUUGACGCAUGCAUGCACGCUGCACAAAAUGAUCGACUGCCUAUGAGAACUAUUGUCCAGGUGCUUUUCUCAGAACAAGUAAAGAUGAGGACGUCGAUGCAAGAGAAGGAAUCACAAAGUGGCAAUAACUCUGAACAGGAAGGGAACCACUCAUCAACAGAUGCAGAGAUUAAGAAUCUAAAAGCAGAACUUGAGAAUGUAAAGAUAAAGAUGGCAGAGCUGCAGAGUGACUACUCUGAGCUGCAGCAAGAGUAUGAAAGGAUAGGCAGCAAGCAAAAGAAUGUGUCGGGUUGGAGUUUGGGAUGGAGAAAAAUUAAGAACUCUUUCCAUGCAAAAGGUGAGGGCAAUGAAACUGGAGAAGGCCAACAAAGACCCAACCCAGCUGGCAGAAGAACCCCCUCCAGACGAAGGUCAUCCAUGUCCUGAAUUACAUUAAUCUAGGAAGCCAAGACACCCCACACCAUAUGAGA